CGUUAAAUGUCAACGGUAAUGUUUAACGGCUACCACGUGACGCUGUAACCAUGGCAACAGCGCAUUGCCGUCUGUGUGGGGCAGAAAAUGUCUUCGUUACAGCGUGAGGUCUUUGAAUGCGUGUUGUCCGGCGACCUGGAGGCUGUCCAGCGGUGUUUGGAGCGCGAAGCAGCCGCCGAGUCGCGGGAGCUGGAUCUGUUCGGCACGAAGGACGAAAUGGGGAGAAACGCGCUGUUAAUCGCCUGCAUGCUGGGGAGGAGCGCCAUCGCCCGAGAGCUGGUCGGACACGGGGCCCGGGUCAACGAGCAAACGGCCCGAGGUCACUCCUCGCUGCACCUGGCUGCCUGCUGGGGCCACCUGGAGACCGUGAGGACCCUACUGGAGCUGGGAGCUGACCUCCAGGCCAAGACCUUCAGAGGUCAGCGGCCGGUGGACCUGGCCCAGACCCACGGCAGGACACAGUGCGCUGACUGUCUCCUCGCGGCCGAGGCUAAACAGGACCUGAUGUCAUAGGUAGGCUUUGUUCAGGGCCUUGUCUCUGACCCAGAGAGGAGCCUCACAAUGGAGGAAAAGGUGACACAUUUUCCAUCAGGAUAUAAACAAAUAUUCAUGUGUAUGGAUUUGGCAUGGAUUACUAUUAGCUGUCUAUUGUAUGUGAUAUACUGCGUGUGUUCUAUUAGCACUGAUGAGGGGGAUCAGGUCCUUACGGCUGAUAUUUUAUAAAUGUCCACAUUUGAUGUCUUCUCAGCUCCAUUGAGCAACCUUCAGACCCCUACUCCCUGCAUGCAUCUUUGUAUCCAUUUAAACUACUCUGGCUCUUCCUGUACACAUGUCAAUGUGUCCUUUGGAAUGAAAAUGGAUGAUGUGUAACAGGACCUGAUGACGUCACUCCGGCCUCCGUGACACAUUCCCAUCAUGCACUUCUGUGCACAUGACACGCCCUCAGCCCCCACCUGUCUCUAUCACCACCUCUUGUGUACAGGAAUCUAAUAACUCUUGAAUGGUACAUUUUUCCUUUCAGAAACUCAACGUAGUGAAAGGAAUGUGUCGUUUUAUUGUUGUAGGGGGCUGUUGAUUGUAUUUGAAAUGAAUCCAGCUCAUUUGUUGUGCCGCUAAAUGCCUGAGCAUUAAUAAACACUUAAUAAAAUAGCUUUGCAGGUGUGCAGCGUAUUUCUUGUGUCGUGUUCAGACAG